AUCGCCAUUGUUGAGCUCAGUGAGGGAUUGACAGCGCUUGCGCCUGGGCACAAGCUUCCCUCACUGGCCAAUACUGUGCGCACCCUCAAGCAGCAGUGGGCAGCCUAUUGACGACAACCUGCGCAAGAAGGUGCCCCUGGGUCCCAAGGAUGUGGAGAAGAUGUUCUCCCGCUUCUGCAACCACCUGACGGCCAUCAAGACGUGGCUCGAAGGUGCUGAGCUUUACUUUGUUGCCAAGACAGAGUACAAGGAAUCAGCUGCUGGGCAGAGAAAGCUCAAGAACUUGCAGAUGGAGAUGGCUGAACAGAACACGAGGGUACAAAUGCUCAAAGAGGAGGCGCUUGAGCUGUUGCGUCAGGGACCCAGGUACAGCAAGACUGUUGAGUCAGAGCUGAGUGCCCUCAGCGAGAGGUGGAAUGCUGUGGUCGAGAAGCUCAAGACCACACAUACCAUAGAACCAGUGUGCAUAGAGGUUCAGCGAAGCCUCCUGAAUGAGCUGAGAGCAUCACCUGUCAACCUGUCAUCAACUUCAUCAGAGGCAGACUUGUCAGCAAUUGAGCAGCUUGAGGCCAAGCUGCGUCAGGUGAACAAGAGGGUUGAGGCUCUGGAGACACACUUCGACAAGGGCAUUGAACUUGUCACCAAUGAUGUCGUCGAGGAGAGUGAGCAGACGAUCAAGAAGCUCUCUUCAGAGAUUGAGCACCUUGGGCUGGCCGUCGACCAGGUGUCGACAGAUGUGGACAGGGCUGCGCCACGCUUGGGUCCCGUGCCUGCAGCUCUCGAGCGCCUCCGAUCAGAGACAGAGGCGUUGGAGUCCAAGUGGAACACAGUGCGCAAGGCAGCUGAGCAGCGCCGCUCCCACUACCAAGACCUGGUGGUACGCUGGAAACUACUGCAGCAGCAAACAGAUGCAACCGUGGUGCAAAUGGUCUUGCUGCUGAGAAAUCUUGAGCACGCACGCACAGUCCAGAGUCGCCAAAAGGCAGCUCUGGAACAAGCUGCACGUGUAGGCCAGGAGGUGUCCUCCCUCCAGCAGCAGGCGCGAUCCCUGGAACAGGAGCGAGGUGUGCCCUCAGCGGCCACCCAAGCCCUCCUGCAGCGGUUGCUUCAGCUCUGGAACCAGGCUCAGGGCCAGAUUGCAGUGCUCCACUCUCCCGAGCCGUCGUGUCGUGUCGCUGACGGCACGCAGACCGAGCAGCCGCUGGCGGUCAUCGUAGACUCUGGUGCCGUCACCUGCAUCCCCGACUACGUGGCCAAGGUGGCCAAAGUGCGGGAAGCCCUGCUCGCUGUUGGGAGGCAGGCGCAUGCCCCAGAACUCUGUGGCAAAGACUUUGAGGACUUUGAGAAACAGGAAGGCAUUCUCAAGUCUGUGAAAGAAGCCCUGGAUGCCCUCAAGCCUACCGUGGACUCUGUGAAGCAAGAACAGGCAGCCAUAAUGCAGAAAUCAAACGACAAAGAUGCCUUGGAAGUGUCUCGUGCAGUCGAAAAAAUGAGUGAAGACUGGACCAAGCUGAAGCAGGUCUACGCAGACCGUCACAGUCGUUGGCUGAAGACACGCGAGUUUUGGCAGCAGUUUGAUUCCAGCAUUCGUGGCCUCAACCUCUGGAUGGAAGAAAUCGAGACAAUCCUUGUUCAGUGCCACCUUCCGAAUGGAGAUCUGGACGUGGAACUUUCACAAAAACACCAAGAGUCAAUGGAGAAGCAAGUCACUGAAAAGAUGCCGCAUUUUGAGGAUGUGAAGACCAUGACAAAGCAGAUCAUGGAGCAGUGCUCAGCUGCCGAUGGUGUGCUUCUACAGCAGAAACUGGACACACUGACCCGCCGAUGGAAGUCCAUUAUUUCUGAGCUUCAGUCAAGAAGGGAAAGGCUCGCGGUUGACAACUCCCGCACAGAGCAAGUGAAGGAGGACAUGUUGGAGUUGAAGCCUUGGCUGAUGGAAGUUGACCGCCUGCUGUCGUACAGCCCCAAUGAAGAUGAUGACAUUGAAACUACAAAGGAGAGGCUUGAGCAGCUAAAAAAAUGCGAAGAGGAAAUCGGGGCCAAGAGAUCAAACCUGCUUUCUGUCAUCCUUGGUGGCUCCCUUGUCCGUCCUGCUGAAGUUGAGAGCCUUGAAGCACGGUUUCAGAAGGCCAGCACAGCUCUCCCUCAGUCACGCAAAACCCUGGAGUCAUACAUCCCUCAGCUUACUGAAUUCGAAGAGGAGAUUGCAGCUGAGCAGCAGAGGCUCAGUGAAACUCGACGAGAUGUUGAGAAGCUGCUGGCUGCUAAGCUUCUUGGAGAUCCAUCCCCGGAGGUCAAGGUUGCUGAAGAUACCCUUUUGAGGCAUGGCAACACGAUUCAGGAGAUCUGCUCAAAGUCAAAGGAAGUGGAAAAGCUGCUUCCUCUCUUGCCCUCGACCAAGAACAAGCUCAAUCAUCUCAAGGAGUCAUGGGAUGCUAUUCGACAAAUAGUAUCCAGGAUAGGACCACCUCUCUCAUUGGUCAUUGAUUUUGAAAACAUCAGCCACCCUACGUCACCCACCAUAAUCCCGCUGGCGGGCUACACCAAACAGUGGAACGACCUUGCAGGUGAGCUUGAAAAGUGGCUCAAGGCUCGGGAAAAUGAACUGGAGGCCCUCAAGGUCGACUAUGGUGAUGAAGAGUCCGUCAACUCGGCCAUUGAGUACCUAAAGAAAGCUUUUCUGGACGGACACGAAAUCUCGUCCGAGGACGAGCACAGAAGACUUCGAAAUUGCGUUCGCUACGCCCUGCUGAAAUAUCUGCUGGAACAUGAGCAGAAGGGAGCGUCGCUGAAGAAGCUUCAGACUGCCGUGGACUACCAGACGGCCAAGUCGGAAGACAUGGCUGACAAGGACCUCCGUUCCAGGGUGUCCAACCUUCGCGAGGAGUGGGACCGGAGUGAAUCUGUGGCGCUGCAGCGCCGCCGCCAGCUCGAGGGAAUCGCCUCGGACGCUGGCCGCAGCCUGGACGACCGACGCCGGGAGCUCGAGGCAUGGCUGAGCCGCAUGGAGGCGCGACUCGACCGACAGGCCGCCGCGGGACCACCGCACUCGCUGGAAGCGCUCGAGGCGCAGAUACGCGAGCAGAGGCUUCUGAACGCCGAGCUGAACAAGUGGAAAGCGGCGGUGGACUCGGUGACCCGGCUGGCGCACAAGGUUGCCUCCGAGCCCCGCGCCAACUCUGUGGGCGCUCCUCUUCAGGAAGACCCCGCUAGGCUCAUGGCGGCCGUCGAGAGCAUCAACCAGCGCUUCGCCGACCUCACCGUCAGCGUGCAGAACCGUGGCCAGGCCCUGCAGUCCGCGCUGGGCUCGAUGCACCAGCUGGAGAAGGCGCUCGACCGGUUCUUGGGCUGGCUGGCCGAGGCCGAAGCGACGCUGGACGUGCUGGAGAGCGAGGCCGACCGCUACGGACCUCGGGACGACGUGCACCGCUCGUGCAGCUUCCAGGACAGGAUCAGGGAAUUACAGCGUGAGAUAGACACUCAGCGAGACCUGCACCUGACGAUCAAUGAGCGCAGCUCUCAUGUGCUGCAAUCUAUGAACAGGCCCGAUGAAGCUCACCACCUUCGCAGAAAGCUUGAUGAAAUGAACGGUCGAUGGAAUAAUUUGAGGAUGAGGACAGUAUCACUGCGAAAUCGCCUUGAGAGCAAUGCUGAACACUGGAACCAGUUGCUGUUAUCGCUACGUGAGCUGACAGAAUGGGUAAUCAAGAAGGAGACAGAGUUGUCGGCACAACCAGCCAUUGGUGGCGAUGUAGCCACCAUCAUGAAGCAACAGGAAGAUCAUCGAGCUUUUCGAAGAGCUGUGGAUGACAAACGACCGAUCAUCGAGAGCAGCUUGCUUGCUGGCCGCCAGUAUAUAGCGAGAGAACCUCCUCUCUCAGACACAAGCGACUCUGAAGCCAAAGAAUAUGAUGACAGCAGGGGUUACAGAAGUGCUGAUGAGCAAGCUAGGGAGAUCACGCGCAGCAUUCGAAGGGAAGUAAAAAAACUGGCCGACAAGUGGAAUGGCUUCCUAAGCCACACUGACCAAAGACAAAUGAGGCUGGACGAUGUUCUUCAUAAAAUGCAGUCUCUACAAAGAGCGAUGGAUGACCUUAGUGCUCGACUUCAAGUCGCUGAAAAUGCAAAAACCCAGUGGACUCCCGUGUCCGAGUUCCUGCUUGACCAGCUGGCGGGCCAGAUUGACGAAUUAAGAGCGUUCCGUGACCGGCUAGCUCCACUGCAGUUGCAGGUGGAAUCGCUGAACGAGGCGGCUGGUGCUAUCACGAGCUGUGGUGUUCUGCUGUCACAAGGAAACCUGAAUCGGCUGGAUGAGUUAAGCAGCCGCUGGCGCCUCCUGCAGGUGGCCAUUGACGAGCGCCGUCGACAGCUAGAGAACUCCUUGCUUGAUCAGGGCUCGCAGCAGCAGCAGUUCCUCAAUGCCUCUGUGGAGCAGCCUUGGGAAAGAGCUGUAGCCGGAAACAAAGUGCCUUACUACAUCAACCAUGUUACCGAAACCACGCAUUGGGAUCAUCCUCGUAUGUUAGAACUAAUGGACUCGCUUGCUGAAUAUAAUGAUGUCCGGUACUCUGCAUACAGAACAUCAAUGAAGAUCAGGACAAUACAAAAGAAUCUUUGCUUGGACCUAGUCUUUAUGAACAAUGCUAUCAACGCAUUUGAUCAGCAUGGCCUGCGAGCUCAGAAUGACAAGCUGAUUAGUGUGCCUGAGAUGAUCACUUGCUUAGCAACCAUCUAUGAAGGUGUGGCCCAGGAGCAUUCCAAUUUGGUGAAGGUGCCACUGUGCAUUGAUCUGUGUCUCAACUGGUUGCUCAACCUCUAUGACACGGCUACAAGAACAGGGUACAUAAGGAUCCUGUCGUUUAAGGUUGGGAUUAUCCUGCUGUGCAGGGGUAAUCUCGAAGACAAAUUUAGAUACCUGUUCCGGCUCAUUGCGGACGGUAACGGCUGUGCCGACGAACGACAACUAGGCCUCCUGCUUCAUGACUGCGUGCAAAUUCCGAGGCUCCUUGGCGAGAUUGCUGCUUUCGGUGGCUCCAACAUCGAGCCAAGUGUCCGAAGCUGCUUCGAGAUGGCAGCGCCAGCUGGGCGGCAUGAGAUCCAGGCAUCACAUUUCCUGAACUGGCUCCUGCAGGAACCACAGAGCCUGGUCUGGCUUCCUGUACUCCAUCGUCUGGCCGCUGCCGAGACAGCACGACACCAAGCCAAAUGCAAUGGCUGCAAACAGUACCCGAUAGUCGGGUUUAGGUAUCGGUGUCUCAAGUGCUUCAAUGUGGACCUCUGCCAAAGCUGCUUCUUUUCGGGAAGAAAAACCAAGAACCACAAGGUUACCCAUCCGAUGCAGGAGUACUGCACCACGACAACAUCUGGAGAGGACGUGAGGGAUUUCACCAAGAUCAUGAAGAACAAAUUCAAGUCUAAACGCUACUUCAAGAAGCACCCUAGAGUUGGCUACCUGCCGGUGCAGACUGUCCUGGAAGGGGACGACCUCGAGAGUCCUGCACCAUCGCCACAGCACACAUUGUCAUCGCAGGACAUGCAUUCUCGUCUUGACCAGUACGCAAACAGGUAUACAGACACUGAACUUAGGACAAGGAGUAACUCUACUCCUGACUCGAGCGAAGAUGAACAUCAGUUGAUCGCACAGUAUUGUCAUACUUUGAGUGGAGAGCUCCCAACAUCAGUGUGCAACUCUUCGUUGUUUCUUCAACCACGGAGCCCUGCUCAAGUUAUAGCAACCAUCGAUGCUGACCAAAGGGAUGAGCUUGAGCUGAUGAUCGAGGAACUCGAAGAGGAGAACAGGCAUCUGCAGGCAGAGUACGAUCGGCUGCAGGAGAUGCAGAGCGUAGGGCUGAGCCCAACCCCCAGCCAGCUGGAAGAGGAGGCUGCCCUGAGCCCCAGCGGCAGCAGCACUCGCGACCAGGAGAUGUUGGCCGAGGCCAAGCUGCUCAGGCAGCACAAAGGGCGCCUCGAGGCCCGCAUGCACAUUCUCGAGGACCACAACCGGCAGCUGGAAGCUCAGCUUCAGCGUCUGCGGCAGCUCCUAGACGAGCCAGCGCCUCGGGGUACGACGUCUUCCCUCUCACCACACAGCUCCCCGUACACAACGCCUGGUCAUUCGUUGCCCCGAAACAGGGCUCUCCAGCCUGAGCCAAUGUCUUCCAGGAAUGGAAGGCUUCAUGACCACACAGGUCUCUCGAUGGGUGUCCACCCAGGCAGCUUGCUCCACACAGCCUCAUCAGGCCUCUACGCUCAUAGCUUAGCCGACUACAAUGACAUCGGUAGCGAGGACGAUGACUUCAGUUGCUCAGAACUGGAGCGAAACUUGCACUUGUGAUGAAGCUGCUUUAUUAGUGUCUCAUUUCUCUCACAAAUUGUGUUCUGUGCCACCUACUACUUUGUAGAAACUAUUAUUGUGCAUUUUUGUUUUUCUUCAUGUUUUACUGUGCAUCUGUGUUGCAUUCAAAGUGCACUGUAAAGAGAGCCUGGGUUCACUCUUGCCUUCUUGCUGCCUGUCUGGCGACGCGCUCUGUCUAGAAAUUCUCUCUAAGAAAGUACUGGAUUUUUCAUCAUCACUAGUGAUUGUCCCAAAGGUUUAGUUGUAGCUCUGUGCCCAACUGACCUGCAUGUUCCUUCUUGAUAAAGUUCAGUCAAGGAAGACAGUUUCAUUUGUACAUCACUCAAGUUUAACGUCAUCUCUGUUGUCAUGAAGUAAAAAUCGUAGAACCGUGUACUUUCCCAGGUAAACAUGUUCUUUUCAGUAGCCAGCAUUUAAUUUCGCAUCGCAAGGAUUAAGUUCAACUCAAAGUCAUUGUGAUAAGUAUUGUGAUAGGUAGAUUCAGGAGUUGCUUAACUUUGGCUAUUGUUAGCCUAUGUUUUCUUUACAAGGUUGAUCUCAUACACGUCCGAGUAAGUUAAGGUUUAAUCACACACGCUUUAAUUAAAUUAUUUUAUGCGCUAUGUUCAUCACAGUGUGAGCUUGUAAUUGGGAUGUGUGAGCUAUAAAGAGCUUUUCAGUAGAUUUUUGUGCUCGCAUUACUAUUCACCAGUUGAAACAAAUAGGUAAGUUUUCAAAAUUCCAUAGCUGAUGUAUAGCAUUAUCAUUGAUGACCAGUAGUUGCUAUUAUACAGAGGCAAAAGUCACUGACUGGCUAUUUCUCUUUUAUCUGGGAUGCAGCUGUGAAAGAUGUAAAUUCAUUUGGCAUUCAUUUGCCCUUGCAAGAACCACACUGUCAAACCUUAGUUUUCCCGCUUUCUGUGAAUAUGGUAAAAGUAUCUUGUAGGCAUGCCAGUUCAAAGUUCCGUGCUAUGUAGUAAAUAAUCCACUUGCCAAAUGUUUAUCUUCAAGUUGAGUGCCUUACUAAGCAUUUUAGUUGAGCUCCACCCUUGUCCCAGAUGUGUGCUGUACGUGUUGUAGUAAAUUCACACAAUGUUUGCUUGAUUUGCUGGUGAGCUUUUCUUGUAACUAUGGGGGUAUUGAAAAGGAUAAUGAAUACUGUCAGCAAUGUGCUGAAAACAGGAAGUGUUAAGGAAUUAUUGUUUAGGGUACCAGACCUGCAAGAUUCUUUUGUGCUUUCCUGCAAAGUGUAGUAUGCAGUAGUUUUAAAAAGCUUUCUGAGUUACCUAAAAAUGUUUAUUAGUAGUGCUCUUCGUGACAGCAUCUUGAGCUUGACGAUAUCUUGGCACUGGCGAUUUAAAGUCAUGAAUGGUUUCUUAUUGUUACUAACUUUUCAACACGCAUUCGUCGUCACUUACCUAUUUAAUGUCAGCAUAGCACAUGAGUGAGGUUCACUGUCCCGGCAGAGUACAUACUGUCCUGUCUCUCGAUGAUACAGAUGUGCUUUCUUGCGUUUUUGAGGUUUCACAUAGCGUGUCUGCAGUUCUUUGCGUUGUCCAGACAGAAGUGCACAUUGUAAAUGUGUAUGUGUAAUCAUCGUGCCACUCUGUGUCACAGAGCGUUCUAGCAGAAUGCAGAUGCAUUAAUGAUGGCACAAAAAACUAAUGUGCCAUAGUUACCAGAGUUACCAUUACUUCAAUUUAGUUUCUUGCCUUUAAGCUCUGGGUAUAACAUUGUCGCUAGCUAAUCGAUAACUGGAAACUUGUCAGCCUGCAAAAGCGUUCACAGUUAGUGCUGCAAAUGUAAAUACAGUUCGAAAUUUCUUAAGCUUUUCUACCUAAUUUUUCUUACAAAGGCCUGUCCCACAUUUUCUUAAAUCCAAAGCCUCUCAUAGUAUGCGGCGUAUCCUGUUAGUAUUAGAAUUACUAGCCGUGUUUUGCGCCUUUCCCUACAUAUUCCCGGUAUAUUCCAAUAUUCCCAAUAAAUGUCGGAAAAAAGAACGAACAUUACUUUGAGGCGCCCACAUAUUGCAAUAAUUCAGCCUAAGUAUAGAAUUUCUUUCUAAUCGGGUUUUCACAGUUUCACUGUGAAAUGUGACAUUUUUGUACCUUUGUACAUCUUUUGCAUGUGCCAUAUGAUAUUGUGUACCAGUGGUGAAUGAAUGUCUAAACUUAGAACAUUGGCAGCUCAAACUGUUCAAAUAGGGAAGCAAUGUUGAAUGUCUGUAGAAUCGAGUGUGCUUGGGAGUUGCAAGCAGUGUCGCAUCGUAAAACUCGCAUAGCUGUCAACGUAUUACACCAGAAAGGGCGUCUCUGUGUGCGAGGGGAAAGAUUCAUUGUGUGCCGACAUUCUGUGGGCAGGUUGCUGACAUGUCUUUUGACAUGCCCUUUGAAACUAGAACUCUGCUCAACACAGACAAAUGAUCUGACCUGGAUCUGAGUAGUUUAAACUCAUCUCGCCACUGUAAAUGCUAAAACAAUUGUUAAGAACUUGCUGGCUCUUCAUUUGCGUUCACUGUUGCCUUUCCGUCUUUUCUUUCUUUCCUCCAUUUUGUUUUCUUAGCUUCAUGCUGCUAGGUUUGCGCUUCUUUUCUGCAGUACAGGCAUAUAUGCAAAAACAGCACUUUUCAGUGCCUUCUGCGAGCCUCUGCGAUUUUGAAACAUUGAUAUUUCUUAUUGCGAAAUAAAAAAGCAUAUUUUUUUUAAUGUUAGGCACCAUACUGUUUAUAUGGUUCAAUACACUCAUCUGUUUUCAUUUACAGAAUGGUACAAGCUUUGGGUUCCACUUCUUUGUUUAUUUUGUUUUGGUAUUUGUGCGCCAUGGUAUUUUGCUUGAUUUCUGUUUUUUUGGUUCUUUACUUGUUUCAAGCUACCAAAUCUUAUGUUUGUUUUGCAUGUUUUCUUUCUUUUUUU